AUGAAGUUAUAUGGAAUAUUAUUUGCUGUUAUUUUUCUCAUUGGUUUAUGUACAGCUAGUGACGAACGUCCUGGUCGCGCACCUCUUCAAGGCUAUGUUGAGAAGUUUGUUGAUGCUGGGAAAUUGAAAUAUCAAGGAGUAUUAAGUCUUAAUAAUCCAGUUCUCCGUAGAAUUUGGUCUUUUUUUAAAGCAAAAUAUCACCGUUCGUAUUCAUCAACUGAAGAAGAAAGAGCACGUCUUCAUAUAUUCCGUGACCAUCUUAAAUAUGUAUUAAUAUCAAAUUUUGAAAAAUUACGUACAUUUCAAUUAGAAUUAAAUGAAUUUUCUGAUUGGACAUUAGCAGAAUUUAAUGCAUUCAAAAAUGGUUUAAAUGUUCCGGCCAGUUUACGACGAGAUUUCAUAGAUGAUGAAUCAGAUGAAGAUGAAGCACAACGUAGUUUAUCAAAACUUUAUCAACGUCAUUAUCAUGUAAGAAGAUUAAAACGAAAUUUAAAAACACAUCAAUAUAAACAUAGACAAUUCUUUCAUGAUGGAUUUGACAAAUUUGCUAAUAGAGAUAAUGGUAAUAAUGAUACUAAUCAACAAACUAAUAUAGUUGAUUAG